ACGUGGCUGUUUCACAAAGCUGAUCCACUGUCUAUCAAGUAGUCUGUCUCUCUCUCUGCCCUUUUUAUGGAUUCUGAAUGGUCUUCAGUAGAGAGUACUUAAUUAAUUAUUCUCAUUUUAAAUGGAGGAGCCCCAUGACUCACAACUAGUGUUGUAUAUUUCAAGCAACGAGUUCAAGUGUUGGAGGUCUUGGCUCUCAAUUUGACGCACAAGUAGUGUGUGAAUUAAAGAUCCUUCACCAUUCCACCAAAGAUGGAAGAGGGGCUCUUGGUAUCCGCAACAACAGAAAAAAGUGAGUUGAAAGUCAGAGUUUGGGUGGAAUCAAAGAAAUUGUGGAGAGUUGCAUUUCCUUCUAUGCUAACAAAGGUGAGUUCAUAUGGGAUUUUGGUGGUGACACAGGCUUUUAUGGGACAUAUUGGUGAAACACAACUUGCUGCAUAUGCGCUUGUACAAAUAAUUGGGAGCCGGUUUGUAAACGGAGUAGUGUUAGGCAUGUCAAGUGCAACAGAGACUCUGUGUGGGCAAGCAUUUGGGGCGGGGCAUUACCACAUGCUGGGUAUCUACCUGCAAAGAUCCUGGAUUGUUAAUCUCGCUGUAGCCACACUUUUAGCUCCCUUCUUUGUCUUUGCGGGACCUAUCUUUCGGCUUCUUGGCCAGGACGAAGAUAUGGCAAAAGAGAUUGGGAACAUUUCUUUAUGGUUCAUUCCCAUUAACUACUACUAUGUGUUUAGCUUAACCAUCCAAAAGUACUUACAAGGACAGCUCAAGAACAUGAUUGUUGGGUGGCUAGGCACUGCUUCAGUUGUACUCCAUGUCUUCCUGUCCUGGCUCUUUGUGAUCAAAUGGAACUGGGGUGUUCCUGGUGCAAUGAGUGCCAUGAUCAUAUCAUGUUGGUUGAUGGUUGUCGGAGAGUUUGUAUACGUUUUUGGAGGUUGGUGUUCAAAGACUUGGAGAGGAUUCACUAAAGCUGCCUUUGUAGACCUAUUACCUGUAAUAAAGCUAUCAAUAUCCUCUGGAGUAAUGCUUUGCUUGGAAUUAUGGUACUACGCCGUUUUGAUCUUAAUUGCAUCCUAUAUGAAAAAUGCAGCGAUAGCCAUAUCCGCCUUCUCCAUAUGCCUAAAUAUUAUAGGAUGGGAAUUUAUGAUAUCCUUUGGCUUCCUAGCUGCUGCAAGCGUUCGAGUUGCAAAUGAAUUGGGAAGAGGAAAUGGUGAAGCAGCAAGAUUUUCUGUCAAAGUCAUCUCAAUUACUUCAAUUUUUAUCGGAUUGUUCUUCGCAGUUUUGUGUCUAAUCUUUGGUCACAGUAUGUCUUAUUUGUUUACAAGUGACGAAGAAGUUGCAGAAUCUGUGUCAAGCCUCUCUGUUCUACUUGCUUUCUCAAUCUUACUCAAUAGUCUUCAGCCAGUAUUCUCUGGAGUGGCUGUAGGUGCUGGUUGGCAAAGUGUGGUUGCUUUCGUUAAUAUUGGUUGCUACUAUAUCAUUGGAAUUCCACUUGGACUUUUGCUUGGUUAUGUUGCUCAUCUGCAAAUCAUGGGCAUAUGGACCGGAAUGAUAUGUGGAGUGGCAAUGCAAACACUAGUGCUAUCCUACAUUAUCUGGAUAACUAACUGGGAUCAUCAGGUGAAUAAAGCAGCAUAUCAUCUCAAUAAGUGGUUACUGAAACCCUCAGAGGAAAUUAAUGGAAGCCCAACUCAUGUUUGAAGGGACCAAUACCAUCCAUCCAUCUUCUGCCCAUUAAUUUUUCUUUUCAUUUUUGUUUGAUUUGUUUUGUAAAAGCCAUUUUUUAACACAGUGGCCGAGUCAGAAAAUUAGUUCAAAGGGAGAACUAUAAACAGAUUGACUCUAAAAUCGGUGGCGUUCGCUGAUUCAGAAAUUUGUGUAUGCGGGCAUGCUAAAACCAACGGCUUGGUUUGAGUGUGAAGAGAUUAAGUGUAUCUUUUGCAAGAAAGUUAUGGAUCAGACGAUUGUAUGAGAAAGAGAACAUUAAACUCUCAAGUAAGUUCAAACUGCUUUGAUAAACUGGACUUUAAAUGGGAAAGUUAAUUGCAAUGAUAUUAAAAAAACAGAAUAAGAAAAGAAGAAGGAAAGAGAGAUGUAGAAGAGAGAAAUAUAGGGAGA